UAUACAUGCUCCUAAUGUCAGUUAUUACUGUUUUUUUCUGUUUCACAGGUGGCAGGGCAGUUAUCACUUGCCCAUGUGGGGUUGUGUUUUCAGUAAAAUUCAACCUUAGAGCAGAGAGUCCACGUGACUUUGUGGAUCUCUUGCUGUCCUGGAAACACCUCCCCAAUGUGGCUGUGUAUGAUUAUGCCAGGGGUCUGGCACUGCAUGCCAACCGCAGGCAGCCAGGAAUAUUUGCCCCUUUUCAGGGAAGGUUACUGGAUCCCACCUCAGAGAACGUGAAGCAGGCCUCAGAGGGAAAGGUCCAUGUCAACUUGCCUUGGCUGAAAUUUCAAAAAAAGCCAGCUGACAAAGAUGGUCACCCUCUCACUGGAUCCUCACAGCAUUUUGCUUUGAACGAUGUGUUCCACCAGGGGAACAGCAAAGACCAGUGUGAGGUUCUAAGAAAGCUGGAGCUUGUGCCUGAACUUGCUGGUCUUAUUAACAGCCAGUGUGCGGAGCAGCUGUUUUCAGGGAUGAGAAUAAACAACUACUUUUUAAAUCAGACAACCCCAUCAACACACAUUUUUCUACAAAGAAACAUUCUCCACCAUUACAACAUGGCAAGGAACCAAAAAAUCAAAAAUCAGUACAGCAAGAUAUUCCUCCAGAUGUUUCAUUGCAGUUUGACAGCUAUGGAAGGGUUGUCUUAA